CCUUGCUUAAAUCUGUUUGCAAAUAAUAUUCCCAUGAAGACAUUUCAAUAAUAAGUAGCCUUUGGUUUCCGUUGAGUGUAGUAGUCUCUAGUCUGGCCAGAGUCACCUUGACGACAUUGGCCCAAUGAUAGCGCGCACGCAAACCGAAGCAGCCAAUCAUAGCAUCCGGCAAAGUGUCAGAACAGAAUCGCUUGUCAUUUAUGCUCUGCAUGCAACCUGGCUGCGAUGUAUUUUGUUUGUCUGCACGAUAAAUGGUAUAUGACACAGAUGGACAAAAUUGCAUACUUGCCUUUACAACUAUUUACAAAUGACUAUUCUAAAACGAACUGUGAAGGAUGGGCGAGUCAGAAGCCGGUGAUGGGUUUAUCAGGAUGGUGAAAUCAGAGGCAAGAAAGAUUUAAUGCGAUCCUGAGCGUUUUCUCCUGUGCUACACAGGGUCAAUCUAGGCGCAUCUUGGCCCAGAGCAACGCGCCUACCUUCCCCCCAUUCAAAGGUCUCCUCCUCUCCGUAGCAGUAGCCAGCCAUGGCUCUGGUAACCCUACAGCGCUCUCCCACCCCAAGCGCAGCAUCCACCGCCAGCACCAACGCGGGGGAGGAAUUAGGGUGUGUUGAUGACCAGAGAGCAAAUCAAAGCCUCAGCGAGAGCUUCUUCAUGGUCAAAGGAGCUGCCCUCUUCCUGCAACAGGGCACCAAUGCACAGGGACCCAAGACCCCUACACACCACAAACACGCAGGUGACUUACCCCGACACCUGCAGGUAAUGAUUAACACCCUCCGCUCUGAGGACCGCAUUAAACUGGCUGUACGGUUAGAGAGUGGUUGGUCUGACCGUGUGCGGUACAUGGUUGUGGUCUACACCAGUGGUCGACAGGACACAGAGGAGAAUAUCCUGCUAGGGAUGGACUUCACCGAUAAGGACAGUAAAAGCUGCUCUAUCGGCAUGGUGCUACCGCUAUGGAGCGAUACGAAGAUCCAUUUAGAUGGAGAUGGAGGAUUUAGUGUGACCACAGGAGGACGAUCGCAUGUCUUCAAGCCUGUUUCUGUGCAGGCCAUGUGGUCUGCGCUGCAGAUCCUCCAUAAGGCAAGCGAUGUGUCUCGCAGGCACAACUACUUCCCCGGGGGCAUGGCCCUCACAUGGAUGGGCUUCUAUGAGAGCUGUAUCACCUCCGAGCAGAGCUGCAUCAACGAGUGGAACACUAUGACCGACCUGGAGACCAUGCGGCCCGACUCACCUGCCAUGUUCGUCGACCGGCCAACGGAGAGAGAGAGAACCGAGUGUGCAAUCAAAGCUAAACUACGUAGCAUGAUGAUGUUCCGGGACCUGGAGAAUGUCACUUCCAAGGAGAUACGUGUGGAGCUGGAGCAGCAUAUGAGUUGUAACCUGAAGGAGUACAAAGAGUUCCUCGACAAUGAGAUGCUGCUGAUCCUGGGUCAGAUGGACAAAGCCACACUCAUCUUUGACCACCUCUACCUGGGCUCUGAGUGGAAUGCCUCCAAUCUAGAGGAACUACGGGACUGUGGUGUGGGCUACAUCCUCAACGUGACCAGGGAAAUAGACAACUUCUUCCAGGGCACGUUCUCCUAUCACAAUAUCCGGGUGUUUGAUGAGGAGGCCACAGACCUGCUGGCCCACUGGAACGAGACCUACAACUUCAUCGUCAGAGCCAAAAAGAACCAGUCUAAGUGCCUGGUCCACUGUAAGAUGGGUGUGAGCCGGUCAGCCUCCACGGUCAUAGCGUAUGCCAUGAAGGAGUAUGGCUGGACUCUGGAGAAGGCCUACAACUUUGUGAAGCAGAAGAGGAGCAUUGCUCGGCCCAACGCUGGCUUUAUGAAGCAGCUGGCCGAGUACGAGGGCAUCCUGGACGCUAGUAAACAGCGCCACAACAAGCUGUGGAGGCCCGAGGGAGGGGAGGACAUCCCAGAUGAGGCGUCUGGCCAGUGUUGUGGUGGAGAGGAUACACCCGUGGAGGAUGAGGCCUGGGGGGGAGAGGGCUGCAGCGCCUCCCCCUGCCGGGGCCUGGAGGUGGACGCCCUGGACCCUCUCAACUACAAUUACUACUUCAGACGGCUGUCGGACACGGCCCUGGACAGCGAGCCCUCCACCCCAGUGCGCGGCCCUCCCCUGCUGGGCAUGGAAAGGGUGUUCAUCGAGAUCGAGGAUGUGGAGAGGGACGCCCUUCUGGAGGAUGAGGGCUUCCCCAUGGCCCAACUGGCUUUGCCCGGGGAGGGCACUGCCGCCCAAACCUGUGGGGGCCGCCUGGAGCCCCUGGAGGACAUGAGGCUACGCCUGGAGUUCAGCACGGUGGAGGAGGAGGACGAGGAGGAGGCACAGAAGGAGGAGGCGGAGAUGGCCGCCCUGGCACGGACACCUGCAGGAGGAGAGGGAGUGACGGAGGACGAGGAGAGGAAGGAUCAGGCCAACGUAAACCGCUUCAACAACGAGAACGCCAACAACAGUAACCGCCUGGCUGCCAAGCGCAGCUGCCCCGCUGCCUUCGACGACAGUGCUAGCACAGGAAACCCUUACAAAGUGAAGCCCUCCUACCAGUCCUGUAAAGACUGCCUGCGUCUGCCACCAGGGCGGCGCUGUGAGCGCCCGGCAGGAGGCCGCAACCACCGCCUUAACCCCACACGCCACUGCGGGGUGGUCCCCACUAUCUCCAUAGACCCCCCUGGCACCCACUUCACCAACACACCCACCCCCCACUCACCCUGUGCCCUCCCUGCCACCAUUGCCCGCCUGGAGGCCUACCGCCAGCGGCUGGUGUCGCCCAUGAGCUGCGAGGAGCUGCCCCGAGACAGACACUGCUCCCUGGAGACGGAGGACAUGGACGAGCUACAGGAGGAAGAGGAGGAAGAACAGGAGCCAAAGCCAGGGAGGGAGGCGGGGACUGGAGUCAUCACAGAGCUCACUUUUAUGAAGCUCAGCUUGGAGGGGGAGAGGCCAGCGGGUCAGCCUCCUGGUGUGGAGUUGCAGCCUGCUGGGGUGGAGGUAGACCCUCCUAGUGGUGGAGUGGAGCCACAGCAGGAGCAGGAGGCCCUGGCCCAGCUACAGAGGACAGGGCUGGAGCUGGGGCUGGUGAGGCAGAGCGCGGACCAGCUGGAGAGGCUCUCAGGACUGGCCAUGGAAGGUCCACUCUCAGGGGCAUGGCUGUCUGAGCAGAUGGAGCUGAGCUUGGCAGUGGAGGAGAUGGAGGUGGAGGGGGAUGUAAGGGUGCAUUCUGAAACCCACAUCCCUUCUACCAGCUGUGUGGUCACAGCCGCAGACCCCCAGAUGAACACCACCCCAGUAUCGUACCCCCAGUGGUCCACCCAGACUUGGACCCCUGUGUCCUCCCCCCAUGGCUCCACCCUCACCCGGAGCUUAAGCAGUGUCAGCCUCGACAGCAACUGCGGGGGACGCCCAGGCCUGGUCAGGCCGCGCACCCAGGAGAUGGAGACCCGCAUGAGGCUGGCCGGCCUGACCGUCCCCUCCCUGCUCAAACGCUCUAGCUCCCUGGCCAAACUGGGAGGGCUCACCUUCUCCCCCGAGGACCUCUCAGACCUGGCUGAUGAUCAGGCCCAGCUGUUCUUUACCGUGCCCCCAGCCCUCUGAGCCCCCAUCCACCCCCUGGAGCUGACUGUGUUUCCAGUGUCUCUCUUCCAGACAGGUUGUCUGAACCACCUGACCGUGUAAGAGCAGUUUGAAGGAGCAGGGAGAAAUUUGCCAGGUGUCCUGGAGACAUGCCUGAGAAAUAUUAGCAGCAUGUUGGCUGGAAGAAAGAAAAAUAACUAAAGAUUUCCUAUUCCUAUUAUAGACAGUAUACAAAACAUUAAGAACACCUUCCUAAUAUUGAGUUGGACCCCCCUUCCCCUUUUGCCCUCAGAACAGCCUCAAUACGAUGGGGCAUGGACUCUACAAGGUGUCAAAAACAUUCCACAGGGAUGCUGGCCCAUGUUGAUUCCAAUGCUUCCCACAGUUGUGUUAAGUUGGCAGGAUAUCCUUUGGAUGGUUGACCAUUUUUGAUGCACACAGGAAGGAAACUGUUGAGCGUGAAAAACCCAGCUACUACCAUACCCUGCCAAACUAAAAAGACAAACUUUUACAUGUAUUUUUAUUUCUAGGGGAAUCUUUUGUCUUGCCCAUUCACCCUCCGAAUGGCACACAUACACAAUCCAUAACUCAAAUGUCUCAAGGCUUAAAAAUCCUUCUUUAACGUGUCUCCGACCCUUCAUCUACACUGAUUUGAAGUGGAUUUAACAGGUGACAUUAAUAAGGGAUCACAGCUGGUCCGUCUGUCAUGGAAAGAGCAGGUGUUCCUAAUGUUUCGUACAGUCAGUGUACAUGUACUGUCUAUUUAUCAAUCCAAAUAAGAGAUGCUAUUGGAGAAGAUCCACUCAAAGGAGCUCAAUGAAUGUGUGCAACUGAGCCUCUGUUUUGAUUCAUGUGCCCCUGAGCAUCUCAUGAGCCCCUGAGCAUCUCAUGCCUCUGUGCAGACUGACUGUUGAAGAUUGAAUCCUCCUUUUCUGUAUAUUCCUCCCUUGCUACAAGCUGUUUUUGUGUCACCGAACAACAACUUCAUCAUAUGAGCAGCUUCCUGCCUCUUCAAGCAAAGCGGGGUACCUCAGUCAGAACACAAGCAUCUCAAGACUAUUAUGGUCCAAUACUGUUUUUGUUGGCUUACCUCUCCUCAAUGACUGGCUCAGCCAGCUCUCCUCCAUUGAGGUACUUAAUUUAAUCAUGUCUUGAAGUGGUCAAAAGUCCAUUCAUAACGGUCUAGUGUUACGCAAGCUGUCCUCAUUGUCACAACUAGAGCUUCCUCAUGGGGAGCAGAGCAGUAGACUGACUGGACUUAUCACAUGCUAUGGAUGAUGGGAAGAAACAGAAGAAAUAUUGAAAUUCUCUUCUGGAUUAAUUUCUAUAUCUUUGAGGUAGUUUAGAGGGAGCAUAUACACUUUGGUUUAGUUUUGCCACAGCUGAACUUUCACUUCUGUGCAAUGGUAAUAGGUACAGUACUUCAAUGAUCUGAUUUAAGAACUCAUGUUUGUAUGGUUUGAUAGGAUUUGUGGGCAACUGAAAGAGUUCAAAUGGUUUUGGGACUGGAUUUUACAACACUGCAUUAAUCUACUGUAGCACUGAUAAUCCUCUGCUGCCCCCCUCGUAGACCAGCUGUAGUCAAAGCCAUAAUGUCUGACCCCAUAUGCCUUUUAUCCAUCGUCCCUGCAUCACUCUCAAAAGGCAAUCAAAUACAGUAGGUUGAUUUUCUGGCUGUUUAGUUUUGGUAUUAACAUGCUAGUACAUACUCUCCUCCCCUUCUUGUUCACACCUUUGAUACUGCACUGUAGAGGCUUUGUUAACCGGCUUUAUUCAACUGUCAAUGUGCCACAGCAACAGAGUAACAUUAGACUACCUUUCUUUGUACUGUUAAAAAAAAAUACUAAUCCGUUGAUCUGCAUAAGCUACACAAGACAACACCUUUGACACUCUGAAGGCCCAGGCAUAAACCUGGUACUGUGAAGUGGC